ACUAGGUAGAGUUGUAAUUGUCAUUUUAGCAAGAUCAUCAUCCGAAACACAAGGAGAGGCAACGAGUAAACACAAACAAUAAAUAAACUCACGACCCAACCAAAUGGCAGAGCGUGUCUUUCUACUCACUUCUCAACCUUCACUCCCUUUCCCUUCUUCACCAACCAAAAUGGCUGCUCUCGGUGGCGCCGCCGCUCGCAUGAUUCCUUCCACCGCCACCAGAGCCACCCUCUCACUCUCUUCCUCCUCAUACUCCUCCCGUUCCUUCUUCUCAUUCUCCUCCUCCUCCUCCUCCUCUUCCCGUUCCUCCUUCCAAUGCUUGCGCUCCUCUCCUCGCAUUUCUCACCUUUUUCUCAAUCAGGGGAGAGCUGAGGUUCGUGUUUCGAGUGGAGGAUUUGCAACGGUGUCUGCUCCUAAAUCCUUUGCGUCUGAUCCUGAUCAGCUGAAGAACGCUAAAGAAGAUAUCAAGGAGCUUCUUAGGACCCAGUUCUGUCAUCCAAUUCUCAUUCGUUUGGGAUGGCAUGAUGCUGGUACUUAUAAUAAGAACAUUGAGGAGUGGCCACAGAGGGGUGGAGCUAAUGCUAGCUUAAGAUUUGAAGUUGAGCAGAAACAUGCAGCCAAUGCUGGACUUGUAAAUGCAUUGAAACUUCUUCAGCCAAUCAAAGACAAAUACUCUGGUGUGACAUAUGCAGACUUAUUUCAGUUGGCUGGUGCUACAGCUGUGGAGGAAGCUGGAGGCCCGAAAAUUCCUAUGAAAUAUGGAAGAGUAGACGUAUCUGGACCUGAACAAUGCCCUGAAGAAGGGAGACUUCCUGAUGCUGGUCCCCCAUCACCUGCUGAUCAUUUGCGUCAAGUUUUCUAUCGAAUGGGUCUGAAUGACAAGGAAAUUGUGGCAUUAUCUGGUGCACACACACUGGGUCGGUCUAGACCAGACCGUAGUGGCUGGGGCAAGCCUGAGACUAAAUAUACGAAAGAUGGGCCGGGAGCACCUGGAGGACAAUCCUGGACAGCGCAAUGGUUGAAGUUUGACAACUCUUACUUCAAGGACAUCAAAGAAAAAAGGGAUGAAGAUCUAUUGGUAUUGCCAACUGAUGCUGCUAUUUUUGAAGAUCCAUCCUUCAAGGUAUACGCUGAGAAAUAUGCUGAAGAUCAGGAAGCAUUCUUUAAAGAUUAUGCUGAAGCGCAUGCCAAACUUAGCAACCUUGGAGCCAAAUUUGAUCCUCCAGAGGGCAUUGUAAUAGAUGGUGCUCCAAAUGCUGGGGCAAAGAAGUUUGUAGCAGCCGAGUACUCCUCUGGAAAGGAGUAAAAAACGAGUGUCAUGUUUUGUUGUACAACCAGUAUCUUUUAAUAAUACAAGAAGAAGCUAUUUUCAAAUCAUGUGAUAUAUCACAUGAAAUUUUGGGAGUGUUAAAUGAAGAACAAAGGAAUAAAAUUCAGUAGUGUGUGCCUAUUUGAAUUGCAGAGAGAGCUGUCUGAGUCUAUGAAGCAGAAGAUACGAGCUGAAUAUCAGGCAGUGGGAGGAAGCCCAGAUAAGCCUCUACAGUCAAACUAUUUUCUUAAUAUCAUAAUCGUUAUAGGUGUUUUGGCACUUUUAACAUCACUGUUUGGAAACUAGUUGGAUUUUGUUUUUCUUGGCUUCGCUAUAAUUGCAUCGGCAUUUGAUUUGA